AUGGCGUCAUGGACACGGCCGGACUGGACCAGCAAGACCAUGAUUGAGGAGGUUGACGAGUUCAUCGCUACGGGUGUGAACUCCCCCGCUCCGGCGUUUGGCAACUUACACGACGAAUAUGGAAAGCUGGGCACGCAAUUGAACUUUGAACGCUUGGAAAAGAUACGCGCCCAGAUUGCAGGCAAAGUCUGGAAGGCUCUGCAUGGCACCAACGGAUUCCCGCCUGAUCUGAUGAAGCAGUGCAUCGCUGCGGGCGCGACCAAGAUAAAACAUCAACAGGCUGGUGCUGGAAGACUAUUACGCCCAUCUCAGGUCCCAGCUCACGCGAUUCCCGCCCACUACGCUUAUCGAGGAGGGCACGAGCAAGGUUAUCCGGCAGACGAAGGAAUGAAUGGAGAUUUGUGGACCAGCAGGCCAGGCGUGAUUGAGUGGUUACUAGGCGUCGGAAGCUUCCCAUCGGAGCUUCAGCUACUCGCCGAGCGGCUUGACAGGCCAGCUCGAUCGAAUGUGCCAGGGCUCUAG